AUGUUUAACCUGAGUAGCCUAUUGAAGGCGACGAAAGUCGCCAAACCUGCAAGCACUGCCACACCGGACAAUGAAAAUGGAGAAAAUAACGCGGAAGGGAGAAGCAGCGAGGCCGUCAAGAUAAAGACAAUAAACAUGCAAGAAUAUAAAACGAAGAAGUUCUUGGACGAAAGGAAAAAUGUGAAUGCAUGGAGUGCGGCCAACACCAGCGGGAAGAAGCCUGCCAAGGAGCCGAAGAAGAAGCCGGAGAAGAAGAAGGCAGAGAAGAAGAAGGAAGAGCCGAAGAAGGAGGAGCUAAAGAAGGAGGAGCCGAAUAAAGACGAAGACAAGAAGGAAGAGGCGAAUAAGGACGAAGCCACGAAGGAGGAAGCCAUAAAGAACGAAGCGACUAAGGACGAAGACACAAAGGAUGAAGCCAAGAAAGAAGAGGCCAAGAAGGACACAUCAAAGGACACUCCCAAGAAGGAAACACCAAAGAAGGAGACACCCAAGAAGGACCCCAAAAUUGAACCCCCCAAAAAAAAAUUCGUGCCCUCGGUGCUGAAACAGAAGGAAGCCGCCAUGGCCAAAGCUGUAAAAGAAGUGAAAAACGAAAAGGUGGAACUAUUCCCGGACCUUCUGCAAGCAAAAAAAUCGACCAAAACGGAGAAGGAGAAAAAAAAAAACCAAGCACAAAAAAAAAAUAAGAAAGAGAAAGCAGAAAAAAAAAAGCAAGAAGAGGAAGAAAAUGAUUUCCCUCCAAUAGAGGAAGUAGAAAAAAUCCACUUCAAUAUUUUUGACAUUGUGGACAUGAAAAAGGAGUAUGAACGGAUUAUGAGGAAUUCGGACAAGGUCAUGGAGAAGUAUAAAAAUAAGAAAAAAUUUGACGACACCAUGAUUCUUUGUAAUUAG